UGUAAAAGGAAAUGUAGACAUCUUAUUAAAUUAAACUUGAAUUCAAUUUUUAUUCUACUAAAUUGGAUUUAAAGAUAUAUAAGAAAAAAAUACAAAUGUCACAAGGAAAUAUAUGUUUGUUCAUUUCAGGAUCCUCUGAGGAUGUAGUGAAACCAUUUGAAGAUGUAAUGCUGGUUUUGGAAGGAGAUACUGUGACUCUCUCCUGCAACUAUUCAGGCUCUGUCACCAACGUCUACUGGUAUCAACAGAAGUCUAGUUCAUCUCCACAGCUUCUCAUCGCAGAUUAUUCAGAGAAAACAGCAAGGUUGUCUGUUACACAUGACACAAAAACAAAAGAGGUUCAUCUGCAGAUCUCAUCUGCUGCAGUGACAGACUCUGCUGUGUACUACUGUGCUGUGAGGCCCACAGUGACAGGAAACACCAAGACUCUGUACAAAAACCUUUGGAGCAAAGACAACAGAAUACUCCACAACGUCCACGAGAGGGAGUCACACACUGUUAACCUUCAGUGGUUUGUGAUGAUACAGUCUAGAUUUGUGGGAAUGAUGAUUCAACAGAAGAAUGUUUGUUGUAUAAAAUAACAGAAACUCUUAAAGAUAAUGAGGUGUUGGGGAAUGUUAACUUUGUAGAUGACGUAUGGUUCAUAUAACUGAGAGGUGCCCACCAACGUUGUUUUCUCUCUUCACUGCAGUUUUAUCCUUAAAGCUGAAACUGGUUCACACGACAGUUUGAUCCAGAGGACACAUUACAAGAUAUAUAAGACCACUAAUUACUUUUAUUGAUGCAUAAUGUGUUUCUCUGUAUGUUGACUUUUCCCAGUCAUUGUCUAAUUUCAAUAUAUGAUAAUUUUACUGAUAUCGAACCAUUUAACCUCCAAAAGGAACAAUGACAUUCCCAAUGUAGACAACAAUGAUGACGUACAUUUCAAUUCCAGUUUGAUCCAUUUCCCAGAAGCACAAGUCUGCUGAUUGCACAACUAACUUCAAUAGCUUUAACGUUGGUGGUUUGAAAACAGCAAAAGGUGAUUCUCUGGACCCGCCCACUGACAUUUAACUCUAAUUUAACCAAUGAGGUUAUUUCUCCAGCGCAGAUUUAUUUGGAGGAAAAAAAAGCACAAUCAGAUUGAUGUUGAGGAGAAGGGAGGCCGUUUAGUGUUUUCAUUCUACUGCAGUGGAAGAACAUUGCUCAUCUGCUGUCUGUCUGGCUUUAACAACUCCAAAGACAUGUUGCUUUACCUCUUUUUACUUUUCUCUCACUUUACAGCCCUGGGUUCCAUGAACAGCAUAAAGCCAGAAAGUCCUGAAGAACAUGUUGCAGACGGAGGAAACAUCAACCUGAACUGUAAAUAUGAGGGUGCUAUCUACAAUAUCCAGUGGUACCGACAAUACCAGAGAUCCAGACCAGAGUUCCUGCUCUCUAUCACAGAGGGAGGAUCGAUUCAUCCAAGUGAUUCUGAUUUCUCAGCUCACAUUAACAAAACAGAGAAACGUGUCGAUCUGCAAAUCAUCUCAGCUGCAGUGGCAGACUCUGCUCUGUACUACUGUGCUGUGACGCCCACAGUGACAGGAAACACCAAGACUCUGUACAAAAACCUUUGGAGCAAAGACAACAGAAUACUCCACAACAUCCACUAUGACCCAGUGAAACAUGAUUUAUACGAUGGUGACGGCAGCAUCAGUGUCAUUUCCAGAGUGGAAGGUAGAGGAAGUGUAACUGAGAGAAGUGAAAAUACAGAGCUACGAGGAGACGGAGAGAUUCAGGGAGGAGCUGAGCUGUUACUGAACUAUAGAAGAGAGAGGAACUUCCAUAUUCAGCAGAGUUCAAAAUACAAACCACAAACAUUACCUUUAUUCAACAUGCUGUCACUGGACUAUUAUGGACUUUCUCUACUGUUACUAUCCAUUCUAACAGGUGUCAGCUGUGAAGAACUCACUCCAGUCAAGAAUGAAGAGUUCAGUUUAGAAGGCAGCACUGUUACUCUGUCCUGCAAAUACGGCAAAGGUGCUGCCGAUUAUUUCUUCUGGUAUCGACAACAUCCAGGAAAAGCACAACAGUUCCUCAUUUCUCAUCUGGAAUCAGGAGAAAUAUUAGCAAAUCCAGUCUCUGGACUGUCUGUUAAAGUGAGUGAGGAUAAAACCCGAAUGGAUCUGCAGAUCUCCUCUGCUGCAGUGACAGACUCUGCUCUGUACUACUGUGCUGUGAGGCCCACAGUGACAGGAAACCCGCAGUCUCUGUACAAAAACCUGACAGCUCCUCACUGAAGAUUUACACACUUCAGCUCCUCAUUUUAUUGAACAACAGCACCACCAAGUGGACUUGAGCAGCUUUAACAGUCUUCUAUCAUGCGAUUUUAAAUGCUUUUGCAGAUUCUACAACUUUGGACAUAUUUUCAGGUAGACUUCUAAGAUGUUAAAUAAAUAGUUUUUCAUUUGAAAACUUCUUCUACCCUGUCCGUCCAGUGGUUCCAGAACAUUAUUAUAUUGGUUUACUUGUACUGCGUGAUAUGUGAUUUACAUAAUUGUGAAGUUAAACACAGAUGGUGAUGUAACAGCAUUAUAUUAUUGGCCAAUGCUGGUCAAUCACCCAGCCACCUCACCAAUUUUCCACUGGUUCUCCUGAAACUAUAACUUAACUUCUUGCUAAUGGACACUGUAUCCGUCCAGGGGACCAGAAACGUGCAAGAAUGAAGAGAAAUAAUCUUCUAUCACAGUAUAUGUAUCAAUAUAUAUUGUGAUAUAGUAAAUUCUCUGAAAAAAAUCAAUUGAGAAUUUGUUCAAGGAUAAAAAAAAAAAAAAACCCUGACAGGAAUGCCUGUUUUUGGCUAUUCCAGUAAAUUAAAUACCUGACAGAUCAAAGCACUUUAUCACUAGGGAUGGGAAUUGAUAAGAUUUUACGAUUUUAAGAUAAGUGCCAUUAUUGAUUCUCUUAUCGAUUCCUGAUCAAUUUUCUGUGUGGAAAAAUAGAACCAACACAGGUUUUUUCAGCUUCAACACAACUGUUUUAUUUUCUCUGAGUCUGAACACAGUGUACAAAGAGAAAAUGUGUUUCCCCAAUUUUUUUUUGCGAGUCACCAUUAUUAGCUUAAGCCUAUGGCAUUUACUGGAUAAAUUAGCCUAGUAGCUAGCAAACAUUUCCUCUACUCAUAGCUUAAACUACAUUUAUACUUUCUCUCACUCACCGUUGGUUUAAGUCACUGCAUCUGACCACAGCUGAAUUUUAACUUAAUGUAAGGUUAACGAGUUGUCAUAAACUCCAGUAACUUAAAGAUCACCUGUCUCUGCUCUGCUGCACUCAGCCCCACCCUCAGUGAAACGAGAGGAGAGAAGAGAAACUAGCGUGACCGGCAUGCCGGCAUCAAUAAAAGGAAUUUAUAAGCUGGGAGGCAUACGCUUCCGAUGGAUCUGACAAUUUGGAACCGGUUCUCAACUCGAUUCCCAUCCCUAAUCAUGACAUGCUGCACAAAUAAUAUACAAAAUAUUAUAUUGCCACAAAACAGUCCUGCUCAUUGAUUUGCAACAUUGCCCACAACAGUCAAAUAAUACACCAGGAAACCAAAUGGAUAAACACAGUACAAACAGUAUAGCAAAUUCUCAAACUUAUAACUCAUGAUAUAUUCUCUACUGCCCACCCAUAUAAAUAAACACAUUUUUACAACGUCCAGUUCCUGCAUUAUUUUACGACACAUUGUUUCACUGGGGACGACAACCUAAAACUUUUGCAGCAAUCGCAAGGAUAUCAGGCUGAACAUGAGGGAAAUAUGAAAAGAAUAAGGAACAAUACAUCUAGAAUAUUUACAUUUGAUGGCAAACACAGAAAUGAUUUGAUCAAAGAAUAAACAUUACAAUAUGACCAGAUAUUCAGUGCCUGCAAUACCCAUCUGCUUAGUUUUGCAUCUCUGACAGAAUUAUAAAUAUACUCAACAUUCACUUUAUCACCCAGCCUAGGUGUUAGUACAAAGACAGAUGUUGUGAAUAAAAGCAGAAGUAGCUAUCUGUGUAUAGUUAA